CUCAAAAUGGCGCUCAACUUGUAAACUUUUUUCCUGAAAGUAUUAUGAUAAUUUGUCUUGUUUUGGUCCUAUCUCGGCAGUAAUAUUCAUAAAUAGCAAUUGGAACUUAUUGAGAAAGUGUUUGCAAUCCAUGUGUUUUAUUCUUAAGCUGGUUUUAAUGUAGUUUUGUUGCAGUUUAUUUAUUUAUUUAUUUUGUUGAAUAUUCAAGAUGAGUGAGUUUCGUAUUCAUCAUCACGUCUCUCAGCUUCUCUCUCUCCUCGGUGCCACUGGUAGUGAUGGGCCUGAGGUUUACACAGAAAUGCUGACCAAGAACAUGACUCCAUAUGUAACAACCCAGGUGUCAGCUCAUACAUCMAAGAGCAAGAUAGCAGAAUCAUCCAAUACACCAAGAGAAUUCCUAAAGAAAUAUGAUGAAUUAAAAUCUAAAAAUAUCCGUGAGUUGGAUCCAUUAGUUUAUCUUCUAUCAAAGGUGGUAGAUGACAGACAGAUGGUAUCCUUUUUGGAAAGGAACAAUAAGGCACGCACCCGUGCUAGACUAGCAGCAUUGAAGAGUGGAGGAAAGGCCAGUGUACAAGGCAUUCAAGAUGCUAUCCCAGCAUCAGGAACCAUGUCGCAACAGGAGUUGAAUGAGUUACGCAGCCAGCUUGCUACUGCAAGUAAUGUCAACAUGGCAGGAAUAACUCCAGAAGAAAAGCUCAAAUUGUUGAGAGAAAAACAAUCCAAGAGAACAGGAAAUAUCCCAGGAGCUCCUUCCUGGGUUGUAGAGAGACCUUACUUGAGCAGAGAUUAUGUCCCACRAUCUGAACAAAGCUACAAGAAACCAGGCUCCAUUGGAACUUUGCCCAUGCCGUUACAAGAACUAGCAGCUGUUGAAGACUUACUUUUUCUUUUGAUGGGUGUSGAAGGGAAGUACAUCUGGGUCAAACCACUCAAGGACAAGUACAGUCUAAGAACAUUUACUGUUGAUAGGACUCUUGAUGUUUCUAUCAAUGAGUUGGUACAGAGGAUUCUCCCAGUCUGUUCAUACUAUUCAACUGUCUGUAGGUUUAUUGAAGAAAAAUCUUCAUUUGAGCAUGGUCUUGUUAACCAUGCUCUGUGUGCAGCCAUGAGGACACUUCUCAAGGAGUACUAUGUCUUGGUGGCACAAUUAGAGCAUCAAUUCAGACUAGGUCAGUUAUCACUCCAGAAAUUUUGGUUUUACAUCCAGCCUUGUAUAAGAACCUUGGAAAUMCUGGCAUCUAUUGCUGCCAGUGUUGAUAAGGGUAAUUGCAAAGGUGGAUCUGUGUUGACUCUCUUACAUGAAAAGACAGUGUCUUUGAUUGGUGAUGCCAAGGCACAAGAUCUUUGUUUGUUCCUUACUCAAGCUGCUUGUGUUCCAUACUUUGAUACACUGGAGCAGUGGAUAUACAAGGGUAUAAUCAAUGAUCCCUACUCUGAGUUUCUCGUAGCAGAACAUGGUUCUGUCCAGAAAGAAAAGCUAACAGAAGACUAUAAUGAUGCUUACUGGGAGCAGCGUUACACUGUUGUCAGGGAGAACAUCCCAAUAUUUUUGGAAAAGGUUGCUGAGAACAUUCUUAGAACAGGAAAAUACUUGAACGUAAUCAGACAAUGUGGUCGUGAUGUUCGCUGUCCAGAUGCUGAAGAAAUCAUCUACACCUUAAGAGAACGUGAAUAUGUUGAUAAAAUAGAAAAGUCGUACAACUAUGCCAGCAAGACGUUAUUGAGGGUACUGAUGGAUGAGAAGGAACUCAUGGCCAGGCUAAGUUCCAUAAAGCAUUAUUUCCUAAUGGAUCUUGGUGAUUUCUUUGUACAAUUCAUGGACUUGGCUGAGGAUGAAAUGAGGAAGAAUAUGGAUGAUAUUGUGCCGUCUCGAUUGGAAACCCUCUUGGAACUGGCCCUUCGUACCAGUACAGCUAACAGUGAUCCAUUCAAAGAUGAUUUAAGGACAGAGCUACUCCCAUAUGAUCUCAUCACACAGCUGUUUCGUAUACUAUCAGUAGCCUACGAUAGCCGAGGUAGCUCAGCAGUUUUUCAACAGGACCCAACAGAACUUCAAAUAUCUGGUCUGGAGGCUUUCUCGUUUGACUAUGUUGUAAAAUGGCCAGUUUCUUUAAUUUUGAGCAAAAAGGCAUUAACUAAGUACCAGAUGCUCUUCAGACAUUUAUUCUACAACAAACACGUAGAAAGACAGCUGUGCAAUGUCUGGCUCAACAACAAGAAAGCCAAGCAGUUCACUCUUCAAUCUUCACCAUGGUAUGCAGCAGCUUUUGCGUUAUGUCAACGCAUGCUCCACCUCGUCCAAACCUUUCAACACUACAUGAUGUUUGAAGUAUUGGAACCAAACUGGCACCUCAUGAAAAAGAGUUUGGAAGAGGUGACGAAUAUCGAUGGUGUAUUGGAGCAACAUAAUGACUUCUUGGACAGAUGUCUAAAGGACUGUAUGCUGACUAACCCAGAUCUACUCAAGAAUGUUAGCAAGUUGUUAUUGGUGUGCGUGACAUUUACAAACUGUAUGCAACGAUUCACCCAGAGUGCAAGUGCUGAGUAUGUCAACGAAGAGCCUGGGCAGAGCCCAAUGAGCAAGAGAGGCCCACCCCCAGGGGCGGAAGAGAUGAAGAAAACGGCUGCAAAGGCAGAAGCUGAUCACAUGAGUCGGAUGAUGAGUGGUGGAGACUUUGAAAGUACCGUCCAGAACUUUGACGCUAACUUCUCUCGGCUCCUGUUGGAUCUACUGGAAAGACUAAGUCAUUACUCUACCACAGACUGUGAGCACCAGAUGCUGAAUAUUAUAGCAAGACUGGAUCAUAAUGGGUUCUAUACGGCACAACUAGAGAAGAGACCCCCUGAAGAAUCCAUUUAUGCAGAGGGUCCAGCUCGUAAGGAAUCGCCUCAAUCUCAAAGUGACUCGCAGUUCCUAUCUUACGACGAGCCCGUCAGGGAAAGUUCAAGUACCAGCGCUACCAUGAGGUCAGCUGACUCUUUGGAUAAAAUAAGCGCACGUCUAAAAAGUUUACAGAAGCCUGGCUCAAUGCCUGAUCUUUACGAAGGCAAAAGGUCGAGACGAUGAGCAAAUAACCACAGCAUAAUGAAGAUAUGUUAUUAAUGCGUCUGUUAGUUUGUGUUCGCUUAGCAGUUGAUUUACGCAUUGAGGUCAGACGUCUCAAGCUGUAUUGAGCCUGCCUGAGCCUGCAGCGCAUCUCGAUAUCUUUCACCCACGGGAAGAAUAACUGCUUUAGUCUUGCUGAAGGUGCAGUGACUUCCAACCUUCCCAUCCCCCCCCCCCCCUCUCUCUCUCUCUCAGCCCUGGCAAGUGGUUUAUGGGCUCUUUCUUGGUGUUACAAGGCACCUGAAGCAUGAAGACAAUAAAGCAAUAGCCAAGGAUAAUAAAUGUUGAGAUAAAAACCCUAACCCAGAAUACAAUAAAGCUUGCUACACCAAGAAAGACCCGAUGUAAUGCAUCCUCUCUUAAGAAGUAGUCCUUUCCCUCUCCCCUUCGGUAUGGGAAUGCUCAGGUCAGACGACAAAUGAUUUAAAGAUUUUUUCCAGACUUCGACACCACAUUACGCAUGUUAUAGUUCAUUAAGACGUUAAAUGUGCUUGUAUUAUAAAACUCACAUUUAUAGGCAUUGAUAGCUUUAAUGGGCCAGACUCAUUGGGACGAGCAUACCUUUGUCUGGGUACUUUGAUCUUGACAUCGACGUCUCGCUGUACAAAUAUCAUUAUUACAAUCAUGAAGGGUACUCCAUAUUUCCGAGAGGGAUAUAAUCGUGAGAUUUCUCUAGAAAAUCCGGGUAUUUAGAUGGUAAUAGCUUAAGAUUAUGUAAUCAUUUUGCAAUCUAUCGUUAUAAUUCUCUUAGAGUAGAUUUCGUAUAAAAGAUAAUGUUAUAGUAUGGAUUUCACGUGCCGUUGAUUAACGCUACCUAGCUGUAAAGCGAGGGCUGUGAUUGGUCCAAGAUGUCGUUAAAUUCGUAUGCGACCUUAUCUUGAAAAUUUAACUCGUACGAAAGACAUUCUUGUGGCAAACUUACUGCAUCUUAAACACGCGAACUCUGUUUCUCCGGCCGCGAAAAAAACAAAUUUCAGCGUGCAACUCGGAGAAACAAAGUUCGCAUGUUUAUGAAAAUUGCAGUAACUUCCUUCCUAAAGUGGCACCUCUCAGGCUUGCCUAAUCGUUCAAGGUGUGCUCUUGCUAUUAAAUCCAAUCCAAUUAUAAACGCGUAAGACUGUUGCUACUAACUGGAGGCGUGAUUAGUACGAUACAGAUGGCCAACUUUACAAAAUAUUUUAAUACAGUUAAGUUAUCUUUCUCCUAUCAUUUCUUUUUCGACUUGGAAUAUUAUGUCAUUCCCUUGAGUAUGAUUUUUUUCACCUAAUUAUUGAGAUAUCAAGCCAUAUCUCUUGCGUAUGAUUUUUUUCUUUAUCAUAAAAUCGGCAAACGAUUGAUAGAACUGUUUUCAAAUAAGUAGAAAAUAAACGUUACUCACUUCAAGCACGUACACGGUACGAUAUGAUGUAGCAUUGAAAUGGCUUCCCAUUGUCUUCCAGUACUUCAUCCAAUCACGACGCGCUAUGGCUACGAUUGGCAGGCGUGUCGUUUUCCACUCGCACGAAACCGUUUUAUCCUUUAGCAGGGACCGCGGAGCAUGUUGAAAAGUGGGGGCUGGCAUUUGAAAAUUAAGCAUAUUGAAUCAAAUUUCGGGGGGGAGGGGGAAACAUUUUAUAUUUCAUAAUGAUUCGUAUUUUUGGCGCAAAAAGUGAGAGGUCCCUCCUCCCCCCCCGGCUUCGCGGUUUCUGAUUUAGUUAAAAGUGAUAAUCGUUUUGUACAUCGUACACCAUUCAUACUGUUAGGGUACCCGCUUCCGGUUGUUCUAAAACUCGAUCGUGAGAAUUAUUCAGCGGUUAGUAGGAUAGAGACUAAUCUGUUAGGUAACUAUUGCAUUUCCGGCGUUAUAAGCCUUGAUUCUAGUCAAUAUUUUCCUUAAAGACUGAGCAAAAAUAUCACGAUUUUGACACGUAAUCUGGAUUACAUUUCUAAAGUGUUCUUUGUAGCAUCUCUGUAAUGGUUUAAUAUCUUGUUAAUAAUGUAAUAACAUAGGUACUUAUUCUAGUCGUCCACAAAUGCUAUUUUGGUAUUUGUACAGGUUUAUUCAUGUUGAUACCUGCUCUUACAGUUCGACCUCGUUGAGCUGCGCCACUGCUGUACUUGCGGUGGUGAUGAUAAGCGAUGACAAGUUUUUGUAAAACAUUUUUUGUAAAUAUCAAACUAAAUAAAGUGCACUUUGAGACAUA